GGUUCCACGGGGUUCCCGUUCGAGAUGGUGAUGGCAAAGCUGGACUACCUGCAGUACAAGAUGCUGGAGAUGGCGUUCGAGGUGAAGGAGCACAGUGAGGCGAUCGCCGAUAACCAGGCGCACUUGGAGAAGAAGUUCUCCAGCAUGCUGUGGGCGAUAAGUCGUUUGGACCAGGCAGUCGGUAGCAAUCUGACCGCUCUGCAGGGCCAAUCCUGGAAGAUCCUAUCGCGACAGACGGCGUGCGCCAACCAUGAAGUGAUGCGCGACGCACUCUUUAGUCUCGCCCCGAAACGAGGUCUAGCACCGGGCGCUCGGUCCUUGUUCGAUCUGCAGGGCAUGCAACACAAGGGUCCGUUCAGUUCGUGUAAGGAUGAACCGACAAAAGUGUCCGGGAAGUACCUGAUCCGCACGGACAUCGACGAAGAGCCGUUCCCGGCCUAUUGCGAGCAGACCAAAUUCGGUGGCGGUUGGCUAGUGAUUCAGCAUCGGUUCGAUGGCCAGUUGGACUUUUUCCGCAACUGGACCGAGUAUCGGGACGGUUUCGGCAGCAUCGAUCGAGAGUUUUGGAUUGGUCUGGAGCGAUUACAUCGGCUCACUGCGGCCCGGCCCUAUCAAAUACUGAUCGAGGUGGAAGACUUUGCCGGCGACUAUCGGUAUGCGCGGUACAAAGAGUUCGAAAUCGGUAGCGAAGCGGAACAGUACACCCUGAAGAAGGUUGGUGCGUACAGUGGAACUGGUGGGGAUUCGCUGACCUACCACAAGUCGAUGAAGUUCACGACCGUCGAUCGCGAUAAUGAUGGAGCCGCAACGAACUGUGCCGUUACGUGCGAGGGUGCCUGGUGGUACAACAACUGCCACCACUCGAAUCUGAACGGUCGCUACAUGAACGCAAUCGACGUGAAGUCCGUAGCGUGGUAUCACUUCAAAAGUUCCCACCAGGGUAUGAGCUACUCGCGGAUGAUGAUCCGCGAGGCUUAG